AACACGACGUCUAGAACUUGUCAUACCAUCUCCGUGGUUACACCUUGUUGACAAUAAACAAAUUGGGGAGGUCCACGUAAUCAACAUCAAAAGGUCCUGCCGACACGAAGACGGGUUUGUUUUUUGGCGCCGGAAGUAAUAAUUAACCCCCUCCCCCAUGUUACACUUCUGAGAAGCCUUCGGCGGUUGAGUGAGAGAGUGAGUCGUCUUCUUCCUCGGCUCCUACCUAGGUACCUACUUUCGUUCGGAUAGGUUGGAAUAUGUGAAAUCAGCAAGUAGCGAAUACUAGAGAAACCUGAUAAGUACCAGCAUCAAGCAAAUAUUUUUCUUCAUUUUUUAUUCUACAGUAUAUCAUUAAAAUGGUGUCAAUCAGUAAAUCUGUAGCCGAAAAACUCCGACAUCUUGAUGCUUAUCCGAAAACUCUUGAGGACUUCCAAGUGAAGACCUUCUCAGGUGCUGCAGUAACCAUCAUAGCCGUGAUAGUCAUGACUUUACUAUUUUUAUCAGAAUUGUAUGACUUUGUCACUCCACGCAUAGCAGAGGAUCUGUUUGUGGAUACGACACGUGGAAGCAAACUCCGCAUCAACCUUGAUGUUGUUUUCCCAAGAAUACCUUGCAAUCUUUUAAGUUUGGAUGCAAUGGAUCUCAGCGGUGAGCAGCAUGUAAACAUCCAGCAUAAUAUCUACAAGCGCAAGCUGGAUUUGGAAGGCAGGCCCAUUGAUGAUCCUGAGAGGCAAGAACAUAUCGGCCAUGUAGUCAAGCGAGACAUUUCUGCAGACAACAAGACAACAACAGCAGAAGAAAUCUCAACAGAGCCCAAGUGCGGAAGUUGUUACGGUGCAGCUGACAAGUGCUGUAACACUUGCGAUGAAGUCAAAGAAGCUUACCGAACCAAAGGAUGGGCUCUUCCACCUCUCAGAAACUUGGCUCAGUGUGUUGAAGAAGGGAAGUUGGUAGAGUCCACAGAGCUUCCGAAAGAAGGAUGCCAAAUUUAUGGUUACUUGGAAGUCAAUCGUGUUGGGGGAAACUUCCAUCUGGCUCCAGGAAAAUCAUUUCAACACAAUCACCUCCACAUCCACGAUGUUGCACAGUACAGGACGUCUGACUUUGACUUGUCGCAUCGCAUUCGCCACUUGAGUUUUGGCAUCAACAUUCCAGGGAAAACGAAUCCUAUGGAUGGAACAGAAUUUAAUACAGAGAAGGGGCCCAGAUCUGUAAAUUAUUAUCUUAAAGUUGUACCUACCACAUAUGAAAAGGUUGAUGGCUCAACACUUGCUACAAACCAGUUUUCUGUUACUCAGCACUCAAAGUCACUUCAGAUGGGAAUGGGUGAGACUGGUAUCCCAGGUGUUUUCUUUACGUACGAGUUAUCACCAAUGAUGGUGAAGUACACAGAAAAGAAAAAGUCUCUUGGACACUUUCUAACAGGGUUGUGUGCCAUUAUUGGUGGUGUUUUUACUGUAGCAGGGCUGAUAGAUUCUGGAGUGUAUAACUUCCAUAGGGCAUUACAACGUAAGGUGGAAAUUGGAAAGACAUCGUAAGAAUAAGAAAAAUAUUACUGUGGCAUGGCAGCCCUUGCUGUGCUUUUAUAUUAGGCAAUCAAACUCCAUCAUUAUAUGUAGAAAAUAAGUAAAAUUGUAAGUCUGCUUUCCUUUUAGAAUACUGUUUGCAGUCAUUCAUUUUUUAACUUGCUUUUGAAGCAUAGUUUGUGAUAAUGUAAAGUCGGUUUUCAUAAUUUGUAUUUAUAUACUUUGAUAGAAGCACCUAGUCUCUACAGUGCAUCUUAGUGUGUUGUACAGAUUUGUGAUACUAGUCACUAUAUUUUUCAAGUGAAAAAGAAUGUCUGUGGUCAUGAAAAAUUAUGCAGGCUUCUCAUUUUUUUCUACAAAGAAAAAGUGAAGGUGAGUCUCUAUGAUUUGCCAAAUUAUUGAACAGUAAGUCUUCUAAAAAAAAAAUAUUUGAAUCUCAUGUCAACUUUCCAUAGCUGUCACCUUUCAAAAAGAUGCUUCUUGACUCAUGUAUGUUUACAGAGACUUUAGAAAGAAACUGCAUGGAUGUACGCUAGCCAGAUCAAAAGUUCUUGCAUCCCCCUACACUUUCAAGAACACUUUGUUUCAUGAGGGAUUACUUUUUUAAAUGGACUCAGUAUUGUUCAGGAAGGACAUUAAAUAUUUACAUAUCUUUUGCCACAGAACCUAAUUUUAAUUAAAACAAUUACAGGUUUAUGUCUUGAGAUUGCAUAUUAUCGAGAGCAUAAAUUUCGCUCUGCUUUUCAAAACUUAUUACUACUAAUUUUUCAAAGGUUUUGGGACACUGGUUUGUGACACACACUGUAUCAGAAUGAGGAUUGACAUUCAUGUGCUGUACACACAUUUGUGAGAAGACAAGGUAUUGCUUGCCUAACAGUAAAUGAAUGUCAACAUGUAUGCGUAGGUCAUGGAAAUAUAAUUAAGGGUUCUAUUAUCAUAGAGGCUAUGCUAAAGAGAUCCUUCUUAUAUAGUGUAUGUUAUAGGGUAAGGGAAAAUACAGGGGUGUGUGGUUUGCAUUUAAAGAAAGGCAGGAGGUAAACAUUUAUUUUAUUAUUGGAACCUGUGAUAAGUAAAAAGUGUUAUUCAUUACUAGUGUGGUUAAUGUUUGCUUCUUAAAAAAGAAAAAAAAUUGGUUUCAUGUUAAUCAUAAUUACUUUUGGGACGGCAGGUUACAUGCAAGUGUUCGCAGUGCUGUUGCUGCCGAAGAAUUAGCGUACUUUCAGACACAAUAGAUCUUUUUGUGAAUUGAAGUCACACCAUUAAUCAGUACAGUAAUAACUGUUAUCAUUGAAUUACCUCAAGAUGAUAUAUAUCUUACCAUAUUUGAAUGAUACUCCAUUUAUUGUUUAUGCAAAACAGUAAAACUUCUCUGGUGUUACUUCUGUUGAGUUCAGGACGUUUUGUUAUGCCCUCAGUAAUCGGGCUACUUUCCAGAUAUAUGUAUAUAUAUAGUAUGUAGUACAAAGAGUGAAAGGUUGGUGUGUUAGCUACUUUGCCAUAUGCAAGAUUAAUACUGACUGCCACUGUAUCUAUUGACCAUGCAAUAGUUUUGCUUUCCACAUUUUUAGUUGUUUUUAUCCGAAGUGUUCUUAAGGAUGCCUGCAGUGUACGCUACUGUGUUUCAUGUAGUCAUGCCUUUUGCUGACCCCUCCCCAAAACAGGGUUGCUUCCAUUUUAUAUUUUAUGGUAUUUCAUAUUGCCCUUGGUCUCUUGUUCAACUCUUCCACAUCCAACAAUCACCUUUCGCAAAUUUUUCAGAGCAGCCCUUUUGGACUUCUGCAAAUGGCCCAGCUGUCAUGCCCAUUUAGUUCUGAAUAAAAAUUUGAGAAUUAUUUUAUUUACCCAAGGUUUUAUGAGUCAAAGGAAGCAAAGAAUUUUACAGAGUUGUAUAUGUAUUUUAGUUUGACAUUGUGCCAGAAAUGUUUUCCAUGUUUGUAAGUGUAUGUAUUGUUAUUGACAUGUUUGGAAUCCUCCAAUUUCAAGUGUAGCAGAAUGUAUGCUGUUGUCUAGUUUUCCAUCAACAAGUUUUAUCGUUGACCACCACACCUAAAACAAAAUAGUUACUUUUUUCCCACUUUUUUCCCAAUUGUUAGAUUUGGGAGGAUUUGCGGGACUUUUAGUGAGUGCUUUGCUGAAGUAUUGUAUGUAAUAUCAUUGGGAACAAGGGUUCAAUUCUCCAUUGAAAUAGGGAACAUCAUAAAAGGAUGAGGAGGAGUAAAAUUUGGACACUAAGAAGGAUUCCCUUCCCUUCAGGUUAUGAACCUACUUCAUUAGAAUAUGCUGGAUUGGAUUGGUCUAUUUACUUUCCACAUGCUUUGUAGUAUGAUAUUUUUGCUCAUGCUUUUGGUAAUAUAAAGUAUGCAUAUCAAUAAUGGCAGCCUGAGGAAGGGUUUGAGUUUUGUACAUAAAAUAGUGAUGGAUUGACAUUAUAUUUCUAGCUGUGUGUAGAAAUAUUUAGGUAGUGUUUGAUUGUUUACAGUUUUUUAAAAGUUUUUGAAGAAAACAUUAAGUUUGGACUAUAUAUGAAACAUUUAUAUAUUUGUUAAGUAGUAACAAUUUUGAUUACCUGUUUUACAUUAUGUGGUUUAAUCUUGACUACUUAGUCACUCCAUAUAUGCAAUCAUCUGAUUAUUAUCCAUCAAACUACAUUUUUUUCUUUCAAAUCAUUAUCACUGUUAUUGUUCUGGUUUUAAUUUAGUACCAGACCACUGAAAUGCAUUUCUACCCUCCUUGGAGUGGCCUAGUGUGUUAUUUAUAUUGGAAAGCAAAAACUGGAGUAAAUAGCACUCAAAGAUUUUGGGCUGAAGUGAUGAGAUUGUACAGAUGAAAAGUUAAAAGAUUGGAUUGGUUACUGUGUCCAUUUUGCAGCACACUUUGGGCAGUACCAGAUGUUCAAUAUGACAGUCUUUGCCAUUUGGUUUUCUCCAUGCCUUUAGUGUGUAGAAAUGUGGCUCAGUGCCCUGCAAAAUUACUUUGAAAUAAUUAUCAUUAUUCACCAGAUGUAGCCGUAGACUUUGCAUUAUUGAAGUAUUGAGUACUAUGUAGUAUACUAAUGUCAAAUUCUGCAGUGAGUAAUAUUACAUUGGAUUCUAAAUAACCACAUUCCUCAGUACAUCUCAUCUCGUUCCAUGAAUUAUGUUUGUCAAAAUUUAUACAUUUCUUGUGAAACCAUAUACUACUACAUUUAACUAUAUUUUCCUUCAUACACUAUUAAAUGCAUAUUAAUAUACUUGGUUGUGAGGUUUGACAUAACUAUGAAAUAUUUCACUGGUUUAUAGAUUAUUGUAAUGUGAAACGGAGGUUCAUACUGUUCACAAUUUAUGAUAGUCACAGUUACCAUAGAGAAAGAGGCUGAUUGGGUAGAAUCUAGCUGCAGUCCAUUCAUGUUCAGGUUUCCAAAGUGAAUCUUGCCACCUUUGGAUAUUUUAUUGCCUUAAGUUUUACCUUAUGGUUUAAACAAGUUUGUCUUCAAGUUUCAGUAAUUACACAAUAAUAAUCAGUAGCCUUGUAAUGCUAUGCAGGUACUGAACUCUUGCAUAACUUGGUCGUUCAACUUGGUAUCAUUGUUAACAAGGAUUUUGCUAUUUCCACUCAUUCUACCUAACUGGUUGUAAGCAGUAAUAAUUUCUGGGACAAUAUUUAUUCAAUCUGAGGGAUCAGUUUGGGCUUCCUCAGAUAUUUACACAAUGUCCAUGGAACACUGCAUUGUCUUUGUAGAGAGUGAUUGUAAAUGACACUAUUGCUGUUUUAUUUCUUGAAACUGUAUAUGAUUCUGAAUGAAGUUUUAUACUAAA